GGUGGUACGUGAUCUGAUUGGCCCUCCCCCUGCACGCAGUGGGCGGGGCUUACCCAGGAGCGCUCUGGCGUUAUGAAGGCAGUGACAGCAUGGAGUCACUGGAGCGCAACACCACCCAAAAACAGACGGAGGCGACUUUUUAACCUGAAGAGCAGAGCUCCGCGUGACAUCCACAUCAAACAGCAUCGAUCAGUAUUUAUUCAGAUAUCCUCUUAUGGGCUCGAGACUCUCUGCGAAAAUGACCUCACCGGACAGGUGCGCGCACAGGUUAAUUAACGAGUUAAUCAAUUAACUCAUUAACUAACAGCGACGCGCGUCUUGUUUCUGACGCGUCUUUUCAAUGCGCGUGUUUUUUCAUUAGAAAUUGGUGAUAGUAGUAUUUAAAAACAACAACAACAACACCACCACCUGAUGGAGCAGAAGCAGUAUCUGUCAUGUGGGAGUGAGUCCUCCUCCGGCUCGCACACGUUGUCAGAGGGAGAAAGCGUGACGCCUGAGCUGGACGUUUGCGUCUGUGUAGCCGGAGGAGAUGCGCAACUCUCGGACUGUGAGAGGGAGGGAGACAAGGAGACUGCGAGGGAGGAAGAGAGCGAGGACGAGGACGAGAAGUUGGACCACAUCCUCUACCCUCCCUCCAACUACCUCAGGAAGUCCAGUAACCCCGAGUUGACUUACAGAUUAAGUCCUGCUCUUAAAUUUAAGCGACAUCUCAGUGAGGAUGGAAAAAACGUACGAAGACGGAGCCUUGGGGGAGGUCUCACAGGAAAGUACCUUCUCCUGCCCAACAACCACCAGCACACACAGACCGCAUGGCAGCCGUCAUCCGAGACCUCUAACCUGGUCCGCAUGUGCUCCCUGAACCUCGGGAAGUCGGACCCCUCCCUCACCUCCAGCAUGAAAGAGCUGAGUCUUCCUAGAAGAGGCAGUUUCUGCAGGACGAGCAACAGAAAAAGCCUGAUAGGAAGCGGUCAGUCUUCCGGUUUACCCCGACCUCACUCCCCUCUCUCAUCUCUAACAGGAACGAGCCCUCAAGACAGUCCUAGAAAUUUCUCUCCCAGUGCCUCUGCUCAUUUCUCCUUUGCACGAAGGACUGAUGGUCGCCGCUGGUCGUUGGCCUCCCUUCCCUCCUCUGGAUAUGGAACCAACACGCCGAGCUCCACCGUCUCUUCAUCCUGUUCAUCACAGGAGAAGCUGCACCAGCUGCCCUUCCAGCCGACGCCUGACGAACUGCACUUCCUCUCCAAGCACUUCUGCACUGAGAGCAUCGGGGAGGAAUGCCGCAGGGCGACGGCGAUGCGACCCCGCUCACGCAGUCUCAGCCCUGGAAGAUCUCCUUCAUGUUACGACCAUGAGAUUAUCAUGAUGAAUCACGUCUACAAGGAGCGGUUUCCCAGGGCCACGGCUCAGAUGGAGGAAAGGAUCCAGGACGUCAUCCGCAGCAACUCUCCGGAGAGCGUCCUCCCUUUGGCAGAUGGCGUGCUCGGCUUCGCCCACCACCAGAUCAUCGAGCUGGCCCGGGACUGUCUGGAGAAGAGCCGGCUAGGACUCGUCACCUCCAGCUACUUCUGCGAGCUCACUGACAAGCUGGAGAGGCUUGUUCAAGAGUCCACAGAGAGAUCCGAAAGCGAGGAGGUAAACUUCAUCAAGGAGCUGGUGAAGAAGAUCCUCAUCAUCAUAGCCCGACCUGCUCGACUGCUGGAAUGUCUGGAGUUUGACCCAGAAGAAUUUUACCACCUUUUGGAGGCCGCUGAAGGACACGCUAAAGAGGGCCAGGGCAUCAAAACGGACAUCCCUCGUUACAUCAUCAGCCAGCUGGGACUCACCAGAGAUCCUCUGGAAGAAAUCGCUCAGCUGACCAGCUGUGACAGCGGGAUUGCAGAAACUCCAGAAACAGACGACUCUUCUCAGAGCCUCAGCACGGCCCUGCGGUGUCGGCGUAAACCCUGUGAAUUGGACUUUGAGAUGACAAAACUCAUCAGCAAUGGUGCCUAUGGAGCUGUUUAUCUGGUUCGUCACAAGGAAACGAAGCAGCGGUUUGCCAUGAAAAAAAUCAACAAGCAGAACCUGAUUUUGAGGAAUCAGAUACAGCAGGCCUUUGUGGAGAGAGACAUCCUUACCUUUGCAGAGAACCCUUUUGUGGUGUCCAUGUACUGCUCCUUUGAGACACGGCGGCACCUGUGCAUGGUCAUGGAGUAUGUUGAAGGUGGAGACUGCGCCACCCUUUUGAAGAACAUGGGUCCCCUCCCUGUGGAUAUGGCCAGGAUGUACUUUGCCGAGACUGUGCUGGCUCUGGAGUAUCUGCACAACUAUGGCAUCGUCCACCGGGACCUCAAACCAGACAAUUUGCUGGUUACGUCAAUGGGACACAUUAAACUCACAGAUUUCGGGUUGUCCAAAGUCGGGCUGAUGAACAUGACCACCAACCUGUACGAGGGACACAUCGAGAAAGACGCCAGGGAGUUCUCUGAUAAACAGGUGUGUGGAACCCCAGAGUAUAUUGCCCCAGAGGUGAUCCUGAGACAGGGCUACGGGAAGCCGGUGGACUGGUGGGCGAUGGGCAUCAUCCUCUACGAGUUCCUCGUCGGCUGUGUGCCUUUUUUUGGAGACACACCAGAGGAGCUGUUCGGACAAGUCAUCAGUGAUGAGAUCAACUGGCCUGAGGGAGAGGAGGCCCCGCCCCCCGAAUCUCAGGAGCUCAUCGCCUUACUCCUCCGACAGAAUCCUCUGGAAAGGAUGGGCGCAGGAGGAGCUGCCGAAGUGAAGCAGCAUCAGUUUUUCCACAACCUGGACUGGAACAGCCUGCUGAGGCAGAAGGCCGAGUUCAUUCCUCAGCUGGAGUCUGAAGAUGACACCAGCUACUUCGACACUCGCUCUGAGAGAUACCACCACCUGGAGACAGAGGAAGAGGACACAAACGACGAAGACUUCAACGUGGAGCUGCGUCAGUUCUCCUCUUGUUCUCACAGAUUCUCAAAGGUUUACAGCAGCCUGGAUUUGUCCCGAGGGCACCUCGAGGAGAAGGGAGAGACUGAAGGGAAGAAGAGUGAGAGCCCGCUGACCGUUGACUCCCUCAGCUGGACGCCAGACUUUCCUGAAAUGCCCUCGCUAUCCCACUCCACGGAGACUGACGGCAUGAAUCAGGGGCCUCGACCCAACUUGUUGCCAAAGUUCGCCAUCUCAGCAGAGAGCGAGGGAGACGAGACCUCAGGCCUCGGAGACCCCAGCAAGACCUCCUUCUCCACCGGAGAGCUGCUGCAGGACGAGCCUGACGCUACAACUCCAGGCAGCACGCACAGCGGAGCCACGCUCUCUGGAAGUUUCUCAGAACAUCUGGACCAAUUGACACCCAGAGGUGAAGAGGUGGAGAGCCCCGACAGCACCGGUCAUCACAUCCCUCAGAGCAACUCCCUGCGGCCCGAGAGCGCUGCAGAGAAGACCGGCGCUGUGGCCAAAGUCCCAAAGUCCGUCUCCACCGGCGCCCUGUCCCUCAUGAUCCCUGGAGAUAUGUUCGGGGUGUCUCCUCUGGCCAGCCCUCUCUCUCCAUACUCCCUCUCCUCAGACCCUUCAUCAAGAGACUCCUCUCCGAGCCGAGACUCCUCCCUCUGCAACGCCAACCCGCGGCAGCCCAUCGUCAUCCACAGCUCGGGGAAGAAGUUCGGCUUCACGCUGAGGGCGAUCCGGGUGUACGCUUGUGACGGCGACGUCUACACUGUCUACCAUAUGGUCUGGAAUGUGGAAGACGGUGGGCCUGCACAUAAAGCAGGACUCAAAGCUGGAGACCUCAUUACUCACGUGAACGGAGAACCAGUCCACGGACUCGUCCACACGGAAGUGGUGGAGCUCCUGCUCAAGAGUGGUAGCAAAGUGGCCAUCUCCACAACCCCGUUUGAAAAUACUUCGAUAAAAACUGGUCCGGCCCGGAGGAACAGCUACCGGAGCAAGAUGGUGAGAUGUGCCAAAAAGCCCAAGAAGGAGAAAACACCAGAAAGGCGCCGCUCCCUGUUCAGACGUUUCGCCAUGCAGCCGUCUCCUCUCCUGCACACGAGCCGCAGUUUCUCCUCCCUCAACCACUCUCUGUCCUCUGGUGAGAGUCUCCCCGGCUCCCCCACCCACAGUCUCUCCCCUCGUUCCCCUACCGCCACCUUCCGCCCACCAGAGUUCACCCAGUCAGGUGGCAACUCGUCCCAGAGUAGCUCCCCCAGCUCCAGCGCUCCAAACUCCCCCGCGGGCUCAGGUCACAUCCGUCCCAGCACCCUCCACGGCCUCGGCCCCAAACUGCCGGGUCAAAGGCUCCGACAGGGACGCCGCAAGUCUGCCAGCAGCAUCCCCCUUUCUCCUUUGGCUCGCACACCCUCGCCCACCCCUCAGCCAACGUCUCCUCAGCGCUCACCCUCUCCCCUUCUCAGCGGGCAUCCCGUUGCCAUUUCCAAGACAAGCCAAGCUUUCCCGUCCAAGAUACAUUCCCCGCCCACCAUUGUACGCCAUAUUGUGCGGCCCAAAAGUGCCGAGCCUCCCCGCUCGCCACUCCUAAAACGUGUCCAGUCUGAGGAGAAGCUGUCCCCCUCUUACACAGGAGAUAAGAAGCACCUGUGUGCCAGGAAACACAGCCUGGAGGUGACCCAAGAGGAGGUGCAGGAUGAGGAGCUGAGGCCUGGGGAGAGGGAUUACACCAUCUUGCAAAGUGUGGAGGAAACGGCCUGCGAGCCGCUGGCAGUCAACCGCGUUCGACCUGUCGAGCAGGGCUGCUUGAAGAGGCCCGUCGGCCGCAAGAUGGGCCGCCAGGAGUCCGUGGAGGAGCUGGACAGGGAGAAGCUGAAGUCCAAGAUGGUUGCAAAGAGACAGGAUUGGUCGGAGAGGAGGGAGUCGCUGCAGAAGCAAGACGCCCUGCAAGAAGCCGACUCAUCUUCCCCUUUGUGUGGCGACGACAGGGAUGAUGGUUUUCUAGUCCGCGGCCAAAACAAAACCCAGAGCAGCCCAGACUCCGGCCCCCUGGAGGCCAAAGCUGCAAGCACAACCCUUAAAGAUGUGCUGUACAAGAAACUCACCACACGAGCGUCUGAGGGCAUCGCAGAAACAUCCGGUGGAUGCUGUGACAGUGACGGAGGACUCAGAUCAGCUCAGCACUGCAGACAGGGCAAAGAUAACAUGAAGCCAGACAGACUGGACUUCAAAGCUCCCACCAUCGAGUUCACCAGAAAGAGGCUCUCAUUUGAAGAGCGAGAAGACUGCAUGUGCCGGUUAUCCCCCGGCCUCCACGACACCCUGCACUUUGGCUCCACCAGGUCGAAGAGCCUCCAGCUGGACACGGCCAUGUCUCACGAGCACAUGAAGGCGGGGCUUGGAAGUGUUCACUCCAGCCCCGAGGGUCUGUCCCCGAAGCUGUUCUCCGGCAGAGGAGAGAGCGCCGUGGAAAAGCUCCAGCUCAUCUCCUCCGCCGAGUCUCCGCUUCGGAAGACGUCGUCUGAAUACAAACUUGAAGGACGCCACGUCUCCUCCCUCAAACCCCUGGAGGGCACUCUGGAUAUCGGCCUGCUCUCAGGGCCCAGAGUUUCUAAAACGGAAACCUGUUUAUCCAAGAUGGCGGAGAACACAAGCGACAGUGUUUCUCUGAGUCCUCCAAUUUGGCUCCAGACCCCCACUGAGAGACAAAUAACCAUCCCACAAGUGAAAACCGCAGACAAGCUGAAGAGCCCCCUGACUAGUUCCACGAGCCCUGAAGCGGUUUUAUCUCUAAAUAGCAUCGUUGCCGCCAAAAAUCAGUCAAAUAACGCAGCCACAGAGAUGAAAGUCAGCACAAGUGGUGAGAAAACACAGGACAGACACAGUGAACCACUGAAGGCUCAAACCAGCAAAGUGGAGGCGUCAAACUUUAGCGUUAAACAAGAGAGCAGGACGGGCGUGAAGUCCAGUCCGUCACUGGCUCAUGAACACAGAGGCCCUCGACACAGCUCCCACUUCUCCUCCUGUGGAAAAACACCGUCCAUACGGGAAGUCAGCAACGAAGAUCAGGAGGAUGAAGCGGAGCAGGAGGAAGUCACGCCGCACACCACAUCACAGAACACCGACAGCUCCAAGACAGUGGUCCCUUUGACUCCAGCAGAGCCGGAGGUAAACAUAAAAACUGUGGAGACUCCGGCUGCAGCUGCCAGAGAACCGCUAGCUGUGUCGCUGAAGCGGAGCAUAAACUGUGGUUUGGACACAGGUCAGCAUCAGAGCUGUGAGAAGAAAGCAGCUCCUGCACAGAGCUCAAACAUGACCUCUGCUUCUGAGGUGACUGCACAGAACAACUCUUCAUCUGUGCGCGUUCCAGAGAGCGUGCUGUCAAAGCAGCAGCUGUUGAACAUCUGUUCUUCAAAUACAGAACCGCGGGUUUCUAUCACAACGUCAGCGUCUGGUUCUGUGAAAGGAGAUAAAACCUUCAGUUUGAAACCGGACGUACGGGACUGUUUGGAAAGAUCAGUUAGUAAGGAGCAGUCUAACAGAUCAGCUGUGAAAGUGGUCGCUGAUACAGGUGAUAGGAGCUCAAAGAAGGAGGUGAACACAGUCACAAAAGUGGAGGCAAACCCUAAAUUGGAGCAAAAGAAAGAAGUUACUACAGUAAACAUGGUCGCCUCAUUAAAUAACGUUACACUGCACAUGAAUAAAAAGGAUAACACUGUUGGUUCUAUAGAGAGUAGAAGCAUUUUGCUGCAGAAAAAAGAGGAACAAAUAUCACCAAAGACAAAGAACAAGGUCAAUGUGAAAGAUCCAGAGCAGCUAUCAAAAAACUAUCCAGCUGAAAAAGCACAACACAAAUCAUCCGAUUCAGAAAACUGCACAUCUAAAAAAGAGGAAACCGUUAUCGGUGUGAAAGAAAACGUUGCAAAACGCAAAAGUUCAUCCCCAGCAACCACGAAUGAAAAUGUUUUGUUUGCCAAAAGUAAGUCUAGGCCUGACCCGCAGCCUGUACCACACGCCACCGUGAAGACGGAGACAAAAACACAUGAAGUGAAAUCUCUCAGUGCAGCGCCUCCCGUUACUGCAGCGAAGGGAAGUCCAAGUUCAAAACAGAGAGAUCUGUCUAAAGAAUCCACGCUGUCGACGUCAAACACUCACACAAGCCACGAUCCUAAACGCAAAGAAGAAGCAUCGUUGCCAUCCAAGCGGGAGGAAUCGGUUCAGCUGACACAUUCUCCAACUCUUCCUGAUACGAAGCAAAGAGAACCACAGCCCAAAACCUCUGUAGCAGCUUCAGCUCACACAACAAACGACUGGAAGCCAAAAGCUCUCCCUCCUAAAGCCGCCCCUCCAUCGUCAGCGCUAAAGACCCCCGUAGCUCCAACACCAGUUAUUAAACAGAGUCUUAAAGACACCUCACCCAAAAACCAAGCCCAGUCUGUGAGAAACCAUCACGGCUCUAAACCAAAAGAAGUUGCUUCGCCUCUCACUGCUCCUCAUCGGCUGCCGUCAGAUGUUCCCUUCCAGCCCGAUCCGCCACUAGUGCUGCCCAAACCCGCAGUGAAAAAAGAAACCCAGAGCAGCGAAGGCGUCCCAGGCCGGAUCUCCAGCGGUUCCACCCAGGAGAGUGCAGUCAAGGUGUCCAAGGAAGUCCCCAAGGCUGAAACCCUCAGUCACAAGGGCCCAGAUACCAGGGCCACCACCCCCGACAAACAGGUGUCCUCCAGCAAGAAGGAGCAGGCUGAGAGGAAGAAAAAAGAGACAGUUCAAGAGAUCACGUCUGCACAGAAAAACACUAAAAGAGACGCAUCCCGAGCUGCCGCCGCCUCCGACAGAGACACUGGCAGGAAGCAGCAGAAGGAGUCGCCACGUAGUUCUAGCAACAAAAAGUAAAGAUAGCAGCCGCCGACGUUUAUGGCGUCAGAGAAUCCAGAUGUUACAUUAGAAAACGGUUUGAGCAAACAUCAUCAUGCCUUCUUGUUUUUUUUUGUUUUUGUGUGAGGACCGGGUAAGCUGUUACAUGCUGGUAGAGAGGUGUGUGUGUGUGUGUGUGUGUGUGUGUGUGUGUGUGUGUGUGUGUGUGUGUGUGUGUGUGUGUGUGUGUGUGUGUGUGUGUGUGUGUGUGUGUGUGUGUGUGUGUGUGUGUGUG